AUGCGAAUGAUUGGCAAAGGUCAUGCUGGUGCAUCAAAGGUUUGCUCUGUCAUGAACAUGCCACCACCACCACCUAGACCAAAGUCUUUCAAGAAGUCAUCUCGUGUCGUUGCUAAGCAUGCAAAGACAGUUGCUAAGAAGAGCAUGAAAGCAACUGCAAAAGAAGUGUGUGUUUUGCAACAAAGUGAAGAUGUUGAUGGAACAAAUCCUGUAAACUGUGGUAUUUGA